UGAGAGAAUACCAUUUUGGCCAAGAGGUGUUAUUCCAGACAAUGAUGGUAGGCUUAGCGUCCCUACUGUUAUAGAUACAUUUUCUCGCAAGAAAAACAAUCGUGUUACCGUUACCCACUAAAUGCAAGAGGAAGGAGGGGAUGGAAUUUGGAAAUCAAAGUACAAAGUACUACAGACAGUACAAUAGACGACAAACCUUUUUCUGCAACACGACUCCCUCCCUCCCUUUCCUUCACAACCGUCCAGACUUGACUCGCUCUUUCUUUGUGCGCGCGGACCAAGUUGACUAACUACGUUUCAUUUUGAAAGGACUGGAUAAGACGGGAGAAACAGCAUGGCUUUCCCAAAGAACUCGUUCAUAUUGGUGUUUCUUCUUAUUUGUUCCCUCAGCUGGAAUGCCUGGGCCAAGGUGGAAAUGACCAUGGAUGAGAGUGUGGAGGUGUACCUGGGUGACUUAGCAGACAUCCCCUGCCAGUAUGUCUUCAGUGAGCAGCCCAGAGCAGUCAUGAUCCAGUGGUUUGUGAGGAUUCCCGGUAGCAGUAGCCGGGAGCGGAUCUACUACGGUGACAACACACAGCAGAUAGUGGAUGAUGGUACAGACUUCACGGGCCGUAUCACAGUGUCCGACAUUGGGGACCAGGAGGGCGUGCUGCUUACCAUCCAGGACGUCCAGCUGACUGAUGAGAGGGAGUUCUUCUGCCAAGUCAACGGCAUGGCUGCAGGCAACGGAGAAGGCAAGACCCACCUCAGGGUGUUCGAUCCUCCAGAGGCCUCAGUAAUUGAAGGUGUCCAUACUGGAAUCUCUGUGACCAAUGAGCUGCCAUCAAGGAUUGCAUCGUGUGAGGCAAGGAACAGCUUCCCCAAACCCAACAUCACCUGGUACCGUGACAGCAGCCCACUUACCCCCACACAUGGCCAGAUCAAUGUGGUAACACUGGUGACCCGUGAGUCCAGUGGCUUCUACACGGUCCAGAGUGAGCUGCAGUACAAAGUGGCCAAGGAGGACAAGGACGCCCUGUUCUCUUGUGAGGUCAGCUACUACGUUCCAGAAGGUGUGAGGACAGCCAAGUCCAAGGUCAUCAACAUCACUGUGCACUUCCCCACGACCAUCAUCGAGUUGUGGAAGGAAUCUCCCCAGGGCCUGGUCAAAGAGGGGGACACUGUGGAGCUUCGUUGCCAAGGCGAUGGCAACCCCCCGCCGCCCUUCACUUUCAACCGAGAACAAGAGCAGGAGACGGCGCUGGAGGCCAGCGAUGACACUUUGGUGCUGAGGGAGGUGACCCGUGGGGACAGCGGGGUCUACCAGUGUCGUGCUCUGGACCUGGACACCUACGAGCAGGUCACGGGAGACAUGCAGCUCACUGUCCACUAUCUGGACCCAGCUGUUGUGGUGCCCAAAGACUCAGAGAUCUUGUUAAAAGGAGAGAGUCUGACUGCUACCUGCAACGCUCUGUCUUCCCUGGAAACCACCACUGUCUGGUUGAAGAAUGGGCAGGAGGUUGGAAAAGGCCACAUGCUGUUCCUGCAGGAUGCCACCUAUGACACGGCAGGAGAGUAUGUGUGUGAGGUGACUGUUUCUUCCCUGUCUGGACUGCACACCUCUGGCUCGGUCCACAUCAUCGUCCAGGGUGCUCCCCAGAUGAAGGAUGCUGAUAGGGAGGUUGAAAUGGAUGAGGGAACUGGGAAGUGGGUGAACCUGAGCUGUGAGGCACAUGCACACCCCCUGACCACCAUCUCCUGGACCGUGACUGGCAGCCAGAGCUGGCGCGAGGUGUUGACCAGAGCCACGGAGCACAGCACUAUCAGCGUGGUGUCCAUCAAAGUGACCUCUGACAUCACAGCCUUCUGCAACGCCACCAACGAUAUUGGCACAGAGACAAAGUCCUUCAGCAUCAGAGCCAUUCCCAUGGUCACUUCAACUGCGCCCUACUCACCCGCUGAGGGCAAUGGUGUGAUCAUUGUGGUUAUCAUCCUCUGUAUCCUUCUGCUGGCCAUCCUGGGCAGUGUGCUCUACUUCCUCCACAAGAAGGGAAAGAUCCCCUGUGGCCGCUCUGGCAAGCAGGAGAUCACCAAGGAGAACCCCAACAAAGAUGACAUUGUGAUGGAGAUGAAGACUAACACCAAGACCGAGGAUGCCGGACUUCUGAAGGGCGUCAACGGUGACAAGAAUGGCCCCAGCGACCAGUAAAGUACAUGAAUCUGAGGAAGUGACAUAUGCAGAGGGCCGAGCUCUGACGUGGGCAGCCGAAGCUCUUCGCCACCCCACCACAUCCACCCACAAUCCAAGGCUAGACUACUGGAAGCCUUGGAAAAAUCAGCUUUCACAAUCACUUUAUAAUUAGGACUCAAUCAAUCACUUUCCCCACAUUUCUUCUGUGUUCAGCAGUAUUCCCCAUAUCUGGCCAAAACCACACAGGAACACACACCACAGAUUUUAAGGUGUAUGAUAGAGGUUUGUAGGAUGUUUUGAUUGUUCCGUUUUACUGUUUCUUCUUUUGUACCGUUUCCCCAAAGCCUUUUUGAUUUGAUUUGAUUUUGCUGUUUUCAAGUGAACGAUGACGUUCAUUAAUUGUGCGUUAUAAACUUUAUAAAGUGUAUAUAUUAUAUAUAUUUCGUUAUUUAAGAUAUUUUGACACAUACCUUGCAGACUUCAUGGUAGUAUCUGUUUAUGGUGUCAUUUUGCUUUAGCUAUUCAUCCAUGAUCCAUGUUUAGGCGUUCCAACAUUAUCUUAUGGAGGUGAUUUGACCAUAAAUGUCACUCAAGUCAGGCCAAGGGUUCUCUCUUCAUAUCUUCACCCUCUUAGGGCUCUAUUCAAUCUGUAACUCUGAAGUGUUACAGAUUCCACAAUAUAAAUGUUAAGAUCAUUUCCGAUUGAGCCGGCAUAAGCAGCGUUUACCGUGAAUGCAGUCUCCGCUAAAGCAAGAACAUUGCCUUUAAAUUACAAUCAUGUUGUAAAGCUGAAUUUCCUCUGUGUGGAUUAAAUAGAGCCCUCAGUUUCUUUUCUGAUUGUUAUGUCUUCUUAAGCACUAUCAGUGGCAUCAGUGGAAGCUUAAAGGUACUACAUGUAACAAUUCAACAACGAACCAUCUCUUGUUGUCAAACUGACUGGGGUCAGCAAAUCUGUUGUUGUCAAAUGGACUGGUCCGUUGUUGAAUUGACAAUACAAGAUUUGCUGGCUUCAGUCAAUUUGACAACAAGAGAUGGUCUGUCUUUUGAUAGCUAAUAUGGCUGCACCAUCAGAAUGCAAUUUUGUGUAGGCAGAA